CCGCGCUUUAAUCACGUGGCGCCUCGCUCUGCCCCCUCCCGUCGGGGCGGCCCCGCGGAGCCGGGCGUGCUGCGGGAAUGGCGGUGGCGGGCGCUGCUUCUCCGUCCCCUCCGCCGCCGUGAUGCGCCGGGGGCACGAAGCGGGGGAGGGAUUCCGCGGGGCCAUCCGAGAUUUGGUUUAACUAUUGAACGAACGCCUCUGUUUGGAACGCUCUCCCUGCUUCGUGGCAGAUCCAUCGCAGAGAACCUCCCCUGGCUUCGUGCGGCGAGGAUGAAUUGGUUUCAUCGAGUCUCCACCUUCCCGUGAUGGGCUUCGUUCCUUUCCAUUGGGUCGUUCCUUUGCUCGAUACCUCCCCUUCCUGAGUGGGGCCCUUGGAGACCUCCUCGUUCCAUAGCAAUGGCCCUCGUUAGCCAGACCCAUUUUGAGGAAGACAGCCAGGAGCAACCAGCUGUGGGAUACUGGAAACCACUAAAGCCAUCCAAAGGCAGCAAGGAGGAGCCAGAGACUGGAUGCCAGGAUGCAGGCUGUGGGGAUGACAGCCAGUCCACUGAGCAGCGCAACGUCUCGCGUCUCCGCAGCUCUUCGGUGGAGAUCCGGGAAAAGGGCUCUGAGUUCCUGAAGGAAGAGCUGCACAAAGCACAAAAGGAGCUGAAGCUGAAGGACAAAGAAUGCGAGAGGCUGUCAAAAGUCAGAGAACAACUGGAGCAGGAACUAGAAGAGUUAACAGCUAGCUUGUUUGAGGAGGCACACAAGAUGGUGAGAGAAGCAAACACAAAACAGGCGGCGUCAGAGAAGCAGCUGAAGGAGGCAUGGGGAAAGAUCGACAUGCUGCAGGCAGAAGUAACAGCUCUGAAGACACUUGUGAUCACAUCUACACCUUCCUCCCCAAACUGGGAGCUCCACCCUCAGCUCCAGAGCCCUUCUAAAGCCGUCUUCAGGAAAGGCCAUGGGCGAAACAAGAGCACCAGCAGUGCAAUUGUCACAGCUGUCAGCCAAAGUGCAACUCCAGCACCAGUCAGUCGUGAGUGCAAAGAGUCUGGGGUGCCUGCUCUCCUCUCUCUGCUCCUUUGUGUCAUCCCUGGGAAGGCCAUCCAAUUCACCUAUGAGCCAGGCUGGCAGGCACUGGGGGCAGAUGUUUCCUCACCCUUGCGGCAGAUCGACUCCAUUUUAUUUGCCGAGUUCCAGUCCUGGAAGGAAUCUCCAACUUUGGAUAAAUCCUGCUCCUUCCUGGACAGAAUUUACCGAGAAGAUGUAGGACCUUGUCUGGACUUUACUAAGCAGGAGCUGUCUGAGCUGGUGCGAGUGGCUGUGGAGCAGAAUACACUUACCAUUGAGCCUGUUGCUUCCCAGAUGCUACCUGUGGUGGUGUCAGCAGAGGACUCUGGUGGGCCAAAGAAGUGUGCUCUAAGUGGCCUCCCCAGGACCUGCAAACAUCGCAUCAUGCUGGGGGAUUCUGGGAAUUACUAUUACAUCUCACCGUCCUGCAGGGCCAGGAUCACAGCGGUGUGCAACUUCUUCACAUACAUUCGCUAUAUCCAGCAGGGCUUGGUGAGGCAAGAUGUGGAACUGAUGUACUGGGAAGUGAUGAGACUCCGGAGGGAAAUGUCUCUGGCCAAACUUGGGUUUUAUCCCAAUGAGAUGUAAGCAGCGGCCUGAGCUUGGAAGAAAACUGCUCCUGUCUGAAGGAUUCACCAGCUGUGGUCUGCCAAACAGAUGAAUGCAGUGUCUCUCCAGCAGUGGCCUUGCUCCCUCCUCUCCCUCCCUAUGCCUGAUGCUGAUCAUGGAGCAAAAAGCACAAGUUCUACCUUUGGCUGUCCCAUUCCUCCCGGUGUGACUGGAAUGCAGCUGCCAAGCUACCUUCUGAGAGCUGGGCUGGUCCUGGCUGCUUGGGACUGACUGUCUACAGACUGUUCCUUAUGGAGAUAUGCAGUGUAUAUCCAUUAUUUUUAAACUUUUGUUUUUAUAUACAGUCUGCUUUGGUGUAGUCUGAGGCCAGCCCUGUGCAAAGUAGGAGUCCUGGGCUCCCUUCUUAGUAAGCAAGUCUUUCAGGACAGAUGCUGGCGGUCUGUCUGUCUGUUCCACUCAUUCUUUGGGGUGGAGGGUGCUGAAGUCUGCAAGAGAAUCUUUCUUCCGGCCUGAGUCACAAGAGGGUUUGGUUUCUGUUUUUAGCUUGGGAUUUGGUACUGGGUGUUUGUAAUCCAGCUGUGGGGAGCAGCUAGGGCUGAGUCCAGAGCUGUGCACCUGGGACCUCUGGGAGAAGGAAGCAAGUAGGGAAAUUGCAUAACUUGCAGCUGGCCACAGCUUGGCUGCACUCAGUGCUGGAUAUUUUCUCCUGGCCUUGAGAAUCUGCUGUUGCUGUCGUAGGCAGAUGUAGACCUUGUUAGCACAUUACCAUGUGAUGAUUCUUGGUGCAGAAGUCCCUGGUGGUACUCCUAGAUACAAACCUCACCCACAAACAAAUACCUUUGUUUUGUUCCUACCCUGAGGGUAGAUUUGGGCACUGUUCACGCUGUUUAAAUGGAAAACGUGCUCCCAGGCCAGGUUCUUUAUGUCCAGAAGGAUCAUGCUCAUGCUGGGGCACAGCCUUGAGGCUCGGAGUUUCCCCCUCUGCUCUAACACUAGACUUAGAGAUGCGUGUCCAUUUGGAAAACCCAGUAUCUCUCAGGCUGCCAUACCCAAUGAGGAAACGUGUGGUAUUUUUGUAUGGAUGUGAGGGAUGUGGCUGUAUGCUUCAAAAAGUGCUGGGAAGGAUAUCACUAUGGCUUUUGGAGAGUGGAGGCCAUCUGUAGCUCAGGCCUGUUUGCACAGAACUGUACUAACACAGUGUUGUAGCUGAUGUAGCUCUUUCUCAGUCACCCUCUCACUCCAUUAGGUUCCAUCCUCUCCUGAGAGAUGCCACAGUGGGAACUUUCUGUCUUUGUUGUAAGAAAACUGAGCUGCUGUCAUUCCGUUAACAACAGGAUGGUUGCACCUUUAAUGAAGGAAAAAUAAACAUUUUGCUGUUGGCCUACUCAAA